AUGGUCGACCAAGAAGGUGACAUCCUCGACGAAGAGGGCAAUGUCAUUGGAAAAGCCGACCUCGAAAACGCUGGCAAGGAAGCUGGCGAGAAAGCAGAAUCAGCCGUUGGCGGACUCAAAGACACAGCUGAGGGCGCCGAGAAGCCAGACCUUGACGAUACCGAGAAGCCAGAACUCGCAGCACCAUUCGGUGUCCAAGACAAUGGCGAGAUCACCAACGCGAAGGGUGAGACAGUUGGCAAGCUUUCUGAAGGCAAGCCAACUGACCUUGUUGGUACUGCUAUCCAUCACAUCGAUGAAGAAGGCAACAUGAAGGCCGAGACUGGCAGCACAAUCGGGAAAGCUGAGAUCGCACCCGAGCUGCUCGAGAAGGCCAGUGGAGCUGGAUCCAAGCUCGGUGAUGUCGAUGAGAAGCUCCCUGAGGGUGAAUUACCUGAGGGUGAGGAGAAGUUGGGCGAAGCGGGCGACAAGCUGGACGAGACCAAGGAGGAUGCAGAACUUCCAGAAGGUGAGGACAAGCUCAAUGAGUUGGAGCCCAAGCCAUUAGAUGAAGAAGGCAACCCAAUCGAAGGCGUUGAGGAGCCCAAACUCGAUGAGGAGGGUAACCCAAUCGAAGAGAAGCUUGAUGAGGCCAAGGAGGGUGUUGAGGAACCAAAACUCGACGAAGAGGGCAACCCAAUUGAAGGUCCCAUCCUUGAAGCUGUCGACGCUGAAGGCAAUGUCAUUCCUGAGAAGCCAGACCUCUCGAUCCUCAAGGGCAAGACUGUCAACAAGGCCGGCAAGAUCGUCGAUUCAGAUGGCACUCCAUUCGGUGUUCUCGUCGAAGGCGAUGUCAAGAAAUUGAUUGGCAAGAAGGUCGAUGCCGAAGGCAACAUCUGGAACGACAGCGGCAAGAUCAUUGGCCGUGCUGAGCUCCUUCCCGAAGCUGAACGUGAGGCUGAGGCUUCCGCUCCAUUCGAAGAUUUCCCAGAUAGCGUUCUUGAUGCUAAGGGAAAUGUCAUCUUCGAAGGCAAGAUUGUUGGUAAGCUGAUUGAGGGCGAUGCCAAGAAGCUUGAGGGCAAGAAGAUCGAUGCUGAUGGUGAUGUCGUUGACAAGAACGGAAACGUUCUUGGAAAGGCUGAGCGUUACCAAGAGGAGGAAGUUGUCGAGGAAGAGCCAGAGAAGGAAGAUCUCUCUGCUCUUGACGGCAAGAAGGUCAACAAGGCUGGAAAUGUCGUUGAUGAUAACGGCAAGCUAUUCGGUCGUGUUGUCACCGGUGUUCUCGCCAAGCUUAUUGGCCGAAAGUGUGACGCUGAAGGCAAAAUCUGGUCAGAAUCCGGAAAGGUCAUUGGCACAGCUGAACUCCUUCCCAUGGAUGAUAGAGACGAGGGUGGAGACUCUCCAUUCGAGGACUUCCCCGGCGCCAUCUGCGAUAAGCAUGGCAACAUUCUCUUCGAGGGCCAAAUUGUCGGUAAACUUGUCUCAGGAGAUGCUAAGCGUCUCGUUGGCAAGAAGAUCGACAAAGAUGGCGAGAUUGUCGAUAAGAUUGGCAACGUUCUCGGCGUUGCAGAACGCUGGAUCGAAGAAGAUGAGCCCGAGCCAGAAAAAGUAGAUAUGUCUGCUCUUGCUGGCAAGCGUGUCAACAAGGUUGGCAACGUCGUCGACUCUCACGGACAGAUCUAUGGCCGUCUCGUCCAGGGUGAUCCCAAGUCCCUUGCUGGUCGCAUGUGCGACAAGGAUGGUAACGUGAGAGCAGAGGACGGAACCAUCAUUGGUCGCGCCGAGCUUGUUCCUGAGUCUGAGCGCGAGGGCCAGAAGGAGGGUAUCUUCUCUGGCUUUGACAACCCCAAGGUCACCAAGGAUGGUAAGGUCGCUGAUUCGCAAGGUGUCAUCAUCGGUCGUCUCACAGAAGGUGAUGCCAAGAAGCUUUACGGCAAGAUGGUUGACCCCGAUGGAGAUGUGCUCGACAAGAACGGCAACACUCUCGGCAAAGCCGAACGCUGGGAAGAAGAAGAGAAGGAGAUUGCCCACAACCCCGUCGCUGGCCGAAAGGUCAACAAAGAGGGUAACGUCGUUGACGAGAAUGGCGACAUCAUUGCCAAGCUCACUGAAGGUACAAUCACCAAGUGUUCCGGCAAGGAGAUUGACGAAGAUGGAGACGUCUACAACCAGAAAGGCCAAGUCAUCGGCCACGUGACACUUCUCGAAGAUAUCCCCGAGCCAGAAGUCGAGCCUGAACCAGAGCCAGAGCCAGAGGAACCAGAAGAGACCGAAGAAGAGCGAGAAGAGCGUCUCCAGCUCGCUCAAGACAAGAAACUCGCCGGCCAAAUGGCAAUGUGCGUCCAGCAAUCCAUCGACAAAAUAAACCCCAUCCUCAAGAUGAUCACCGAGACAAUCGACGCCGCAGAACGCCAACCGAAAGAAGAACUCGACGAACAAAAGCUCGUCGACACCGUAAAACCACUCAUCGAGCAAGGCUCUCAAAUCCUCACCGAAGCCAACGGCGUGAUCCGGGGUCUCGACCCCGAUGGACGCAUCGCAGCCAACGCCAAGCACAAGACUGCCGCUCGUGAGGCGACGCCUGAGGAGUACCGCUUGGCCGAUGUCUUGAAGGAACUCACGACCAAUGUCACGGGUACAAUUGAUAACGCCAAGAAGAAGAUCGCGGGCAUGCCGCACGCAAAGAAGGAGUUAAACCCUCUGUGGGGUCUCCUCGCUGAGCCUCUCGGCCAGAUCUUGGCAGCGGUCGGUCUGCUGUUGGCGGGUGUGUUGGGUCUUGUUGGAAGGCUACUGAGUGGUCUUGGACUGGGUGGAUUGUUGGAUAAUUUGUUGGGUGGUCUGGGAUUGAAGGGUAUUUUGAAGGGACUCGGAUUGGGUAUGGUUACUGAGAGUUUGACGGGGAAGAAGUGAAGUAAUGAUGGGUGAUGAGUGAUGGGAAAAGGUAUUUGUAUUUGUAACGACAUCAUGUUUGGGACGGAUUUGUUUUGUAGCGUUGCUUUUGUGGUUUCAUUAUUGUUAGGUAGUUUUGUAGUUUAGGGAA